AUGGGGAAAAGCCUGACGGAACAAUGCUGCGUAAAGGUAGAAGGCACACAGCGGGGUGAUUCUGCUCCCAAUUUCAACAGUGGUGGUCCAGAUGGAAAGGAUAUGGACAUAGUUGUGACAUACACUAAUGCUUUUGGUAAUUUUCAAAUCAAUAGAGUGAAAAUGAGUCAGCUUUCUUCUUCAUGGAUCUUUGAAAGCCCCACAAAUGAAGGCAGUGACUCGCCAAAACAGUCCAAGGUACUGGCUGUUGAUUUUAGCAUCAAAGAUUUAUAUAAAGAUGGCAAGGGAUUAGAAGAGAAUGUUGACCAUCAUGGGGUUGAUAAUCACUCUGAUGAAGAUGGACCUGUGUAUCGUAAAAUGACAUCAAUGAGCCCAAUGAAGCUCAAGCGCAAGAUGUUGCGGCAGAGAAGAAGGGAACUUCGAACAGCGGAGCUAAUUCGAGAAGAUAAAGUGAAUAUUGACAAAGUACAAGCGACAAGAUUUGAACCGUCUGAAACCUUUGAACCUGGAGUUGGGGUGAAAAGAAGUAUAUGGAGGAGAGAUUUUGAAAGUUUAAAGUCCGAUUUUACAUUGAAACUUCUGCGAGAUCAGAUAAGUUUGGCCAAAGCAUAUGCACAAGUUGCGAAGUCUAAGAACGAAAGCAGUCUUUACAGUUCUAUUAUGAAACAAUGCAUAGAAAGUCAACGUGCCAUCGGAGAAGCAAAUUCUGAUGCUGAGCUUCACCCAAGUGCACUUAAUCAAACAAUAGCAAUCGGUCGUCUUCUCUCUAUAGCUAAGAACCAACUAUAUGAUUGCCCCACAGUGCAGAGAAAAUUUCAAGGUAUGAUCCAAUCAACUGAAGAUAAUGUACAUGAUCUAAAUAAAAAGAGCUCAUUCUUAAUUCAACUGGCUGCAAAAGUUGUCCCUAGACCAUUGCAUUGUCUAGCACUGCAGCUAGCCACAGAUUAUUUCCUAAAAGAUCAUACAAAAAUUAAGGAUUUGAACCCUGAAAAGUUUGUAGAUCCAUCUCUCUACCAUUAUGCAAUCUUUUCCGAUAACAUACUUGCGACAUCUGUGGUUAUUAAUUCUACUAUGCUGCACACUAAGGAGCUGCAGAAACACGUUUUUCACAUAGUCACAGAUAAACUGAAUUUCGCGGCGAUGAAGAUGUGGUUUCUUGUGAAUUCUCCAAAAGAAGCCACAGUCCAAGUUGAGAACAUUGAUGAUUUCAAAUGGUUGAAUUCCUCUUAUUGUUCUGUUCUCCGUCAACUCGAAUCUGCAAGACUUCAGGAGUACUAUUUCAAGGCAAAUCACCCUUCAUCACUUUCGGGUGGGCCUGACAAUCUCAAAUACAGGAAUCCAAAGUACUUGUCUAUGCUGAAUCAUCUUAGAUUUUACCUUCCUGAAGUUUAUCCGAAGCUUGACAAGAUCCUGUUUUUGGAUGAUGAUAUUGUGGUUCAAAAGGAUUUAACCCCUCUUUGGUCCAUUGAUCUUCAUGGGAUGGUCAAUGGUGCAGUGGAAACCUGCAAGGGGGGCUUUCACAGGUUUGAUAAAUAUCUCAACUUCUCUAAUCCAAAAAUCUAUGAGCAUUUUGCUCGAGAUGCUUGUGGUUGGGCAUUUGGCAUGAAUAUAUUCGACUUAAAGGAGUGGAGGAAGCGAAACCUCACCGCAAUAUAUCACCAUUGGCAAGAUCAGAACGAGAAUAGAAAUCUAUGGAAACUCGGGUCAUUGCCGCCGGGACUGAUUACAUUUUACAACCAGACCUAUGCUUUGGAACGAAAGUGGCAUGUGUUGGGGCUAGGCUAUGACCGAGCCCUUAACAAAACAGAGAUAGAGAAUGGGGCAGUCAUCCAUUACAAUGGAAACUUGAAGCCAUGGUUGGAUUUGGCUAUAACCAAGUACCAGUCUUACUGGUCAAAACAUGUAAUGUUUGAUAAUUAUUAUCUUCAACUGUGCGGCACAAGGGAAUAA